AUGCCGUUAGAUUUACAACUACAUAGAGUUCAAAAGCUGUUAAAGCUCCUGAAGAACCCACAUUAUAAACCUCAAUUUAUUCAUGUCGCCGGUACAAAUGGAAAAGGGUCAGUGUGUUCAUAUAUAUCUCAUAUCCUCGAAGAAGCUGGAAUUGCCAAUGGGAGAUUCAAUUCCCCACAUUUGAUCACGGCUAGGGACUCUAUUCAGAUUAAUAAUAACCCAGUAUCAUUGCCUGUAUAUGAAAAGUUCCGAAAUUUGAUACUGGAAACAAAUGAUAGGUAUGAUGUGGGGUGUACAGAGUUCGAACUACUGACAUGUACAGCAUUCCAGAUAUUUGCAGAGUUUAAUAUUCCAAUUGCUAUAAUGGAAGUUGGAGUUGGGGGGAGAUUGGAUGCAACAAAUGUAAUUCCAGCGGAUAGAACCUUAGUAGUCGGUAUCACCAAAGUUGCACUUGAUCAUCAAAAUUUAUUAGGCAACACAUUAGCCGAAAUCGCCUUUCAAAAGGUAGGGAUUUUCAAAGAAAAAGUCCCAGCUAUUAUUGACGGAUCAAACGAAACAACAGUUAUAGACAUCGCUAAGAAAGAAGCAGCAAACGUUUUGGCUCCCUUGGUUAUUGCUACUAGAAAAGAUUGCUGGAUUCAGCCUACCUUGCUAGGUGAUUAUCAGUAUGAUAAUUUGGCAGUAGCCCUAAAAAUGAUAGACCAGAUCAAAGACCAAAAAAUAACAAGAGAAUCUGUUAAAAAAGGAAUUGAGAAAACGGUAUGGCCCGGAAGACUACAAGAGUAUAAUUUUCCUAUCCAACACCUCUUACAUGAAACAAGUGAACCCACGUUUCCUAUGUUACUUGACGGUGCACAUAAUACACAAGCUGCAUUUGAACUCGGCAAAUACCUAGAAUAUAUAAGACCUGAAAAUGGCUUUGUAUUUAUCAUAGCUGUUACCAAGGGCAAAGAUUUAUCAACACUAUUCAAACAUAUUAUUACAAAAAAUGAUGAUAUUGUAUUUACUCAAUUCCAUGAUGAUAUUGAAGGUAUGCCAUGGAUUGAAUCAUCUCCAGUUGAGUUUUUGGAAAAGCAAAUCAAUGAUCAAAAAAUUCCCCAUGCAACCGUACAUACUAUUCCUAAUAUCGAGGAUUCUUUGAAAGAAGCCUUUCGAAUAUCUAGACAAACUGCUAAACGUGUCGUUGUUUGCGGUAGUUUGUAUCUCGUUGCAGAUGUCCUUAGAAUUUGA